UGAAUCCUUUCUCCUCGUAGAAGAGACAUACUCCUGGAUAAUCCAGAUUAAUCCCAAUUGUAAUCAAAUACUGAAUCUUUCUCCUUGUAGAAGAUGACAUGCUCCUAUAGUCGUACUUAUAUAUACACCCUCAAACAUCUGCACUUAUCAUCGGUCACAGACAUUGUUCUUGAUAUUUAGUACUACCGUCACUUUGCUCUCGUUUUAGGUUUUUCUGCUUUCUGGUUAAGAGAGAAGAUGGAGAUUGAUCUUACACCAAGGUUGGCUAAGAAGGUUUAUGGAGGAGAUGGUGGUUCCUACUCUGCCUGGUCGCCGUCAGAGCUUCCCAUGCUCCGUGAAGGUGACAUCGGAGCUGCCAAGCUCUCUCUGGAGAAGGACGGCUUUGCUCUCCCCAAUUAUUCCGACUCUGCCAGAGUUGCUUAUGUCCUUCAAGGUAAUGGAGUAGUCGGGAUUGUUCUGCCGGAGAAGGAAGAAAAGGUUCUUCCAGUGAAGAAAGGUGAUGCCAUUGCCCUCCCUUUUGGAGUUAUCACUUGGUGGUACAACAAGGAGGACACUGAGUUUGUGGUUCUUUUCUUGGGUGAUACCAAAACAGCUCACAAAAGGGGUGAGUUCACUGACUUCUAUCUCAAUGGCUCUAAUGGCAUUUUCACUGGCUUCUCAACUGAGUUUGUCGGCCGAGCAUGGGAUUUGGAGGAGAGUGUUGUGAAGACUCUUGUUGGCAAGCAAACCGGCAAGGGCAUUGUUAAGUUGGGGGGAGCUAAUUUGCCUGAGCCAAACAAGGAACAUAGAGAUGGGAUGACAUUGAACUGCGAAGAGGCUCCUCUUGACGUUGAUAUUGAGGGCGGUGGAAGAGUUGUUGUUUUGAAUACUAAGAACCUUCCCUUGGUCGGUGAGGUUGGGCUUGGUGCUGAUCUUGUUAGGUUGGAUGGAAGUGCUAUGUGCUCCCCUGGGUUUUCGUGCGACUCUGCAUUGCAGGUGACUUACAUUGUUAGGGGAAGUGGCCGUGUCCAAGUUGUUGGUGUCGACGGAAAGAGGGUCUUGGAAACAACCGUUAGAGCUGGCAACUUGUUCAUCGUUCCUCGAUUCUUUGUCGUUUCAAAGAUUGCUGAUCCGGAAGGCUUGGAAUGGUUCUCCAUCAUCACCACACCCAAUCCAAUAUUCACUCAUCUGGCUGGAAGUAUUGGUGCUUGGAAAGCAUUGUCUCCUCAGGUGCUUGAGGCUUCUUUCAACGUGGAUUCAGAUACUGAGAAACUCUUCCGAUCAAAGAGAACUUCUGAUGCAAUCUUCUUCCCUCCUCCGAAGUGAAUCGCUGAGCUAAUACGAUAAGCGUUGUUUGCUGUAGGUUUCAUUGCCUUUUUCAGUAUGGAUUUGUUUGCCUCUUUUAGUUGGGAUUUGUUUGGCUUUUUAUAGGUCCUUCGUUUUAUUGUAUUUU